AUGGUGUUUCCAACGGUCAGCCCAGAAUUCAUGUUCAAUACCUCGAUGGACGAGCCCAGUCAAAAAUUUGCCCAGUUCUUUGGGACUGACAAGAUCGACUACUGGUCUCGAGUGUUCUACUCGGCCACUAAACAAGAAAGCGUUGGUCUUGUGAAACUGGCGUCGAAACUGAAGAGAAUGCCAGAUUGCCCUCGAAGCAUCCUGGACGAAGUGCUCGAAUUAAGCUCCUGGAACCCAACAGGGGCACUCACGCUCGAGGAAUUUCUGGCCAUCGCGACACUCGGUAAGCCGCGAACUGCGAGAGAGAGGCGCGCCUUCCGAUUCUUUCAAGUGGCUGCCAGCAUCUUUGUCAACAGACUUCAGCACGCCAGGGUUUUGCGCAUUGCGAUGAUUGACUACCCCUUGUUCCUGUUGCCGGUAGCCAUGUACGCCAUUAUCUGCAUCGGUCAGCUGGUGACCUUGGUGUACCACUCAACCUGGUGCUGUCCAAAUCCGGCCAAAGCCACCAGCUACUUUAGAUACGACGACAAACUCAUCAUGAGUUCAGAGCGUCAGGUAGAGAUCUGGCGUUGCUUCUCCUACGUCCUGCUUCAGAUCGACACCUUUCCCAUGAUCAGCAACACAGUUGCCCACGUCCUGGCCUGUAUGCCUUUUAGCGCCAUUCACAGCGCAUGGAAGAUACCCUUUAUCUACUUUUUAGGCUCCCUGAUGACAGCUCUGACGGGAUUUCUGAGCAAGAGCCCGUUCAUGGUGGGCGCGUCUGGAGCCAUCUACGCAGUGCUCUGGGCUCACGUUGCUGAUGUCGCCUUCAACUACGGCCAGUUCAAGAACAACGUCCCUCGCAUCGUGGUAGUCGCAACCUUCACGGCCAUUGAUUACUAUGGAGCGCUGCGCUGGAGGAGUCAGCACGACAUCGUGGCUCUCCCGCACCUCGCUGGCAUCAUCGCGGGCAUCACCUUGGGAAGAGAUGUGCUGCGCAACAGAGCUCCCACAAAGCGGGAAUGCAGAGUCAUUUGGGUUUGGUGUCUCUCGUACCUCACCUUCUUCAUUUUCUGCAUUGUGCAUGGUGUGUUCUUAGAUCUGGGGUAUUAG